AUGAAUGAAAUGAGGCGGAAAAAACCACGCGAAUUCUGGAAUAUGUCUCGUACUAAAAAUAAAAAUGCAAGUGAAAAUAUCUCUAUGGAAGAGUUCUACUCGCAUUUCCAAAAUCUAGCUGAGGCUAGCGAUGACGUCAAUCCGGAAGUUGAGGAUUUUUUGAAGAGUUUUGACCAGAAUGAUAUGAGGAAUGGAACACCGUUAGAAGACAUUGAUUUGCCUAUAACACAGGGAGAAAUUCGGAAAGCAUGUUCUAAAUUAAAAAGAAAUAAAAGUAGUGCUAUAGAUAGUAUGAUAAAUGAGUAUUUUAUUGAAACGAUAGAUAUUGUAAUUGAUUCAUUAGAAAUUUUAUUCAACGACAUUCUUAACAGCGGACAUUUUCCAAAGAAAUGGUCACAGGGUGUAAUAGUUCCAUUAUUGAAAAAGCCGCCGGCGUCGGAUACAAAUAACUAUCGUGGAAUAACAUUAACAAGUUGCUUUGGUAAACUGUUUACAACCGUGUUAAACGAAAGGCUAAAAAAGUAG